CAACUGAGAGUUCCAUAUAUCAGCAAGACUUCCCAUAACAUUCAGUACAUCAUCAAUCCUUACUUUUACAAAUAACAAAGGAAUGGCGAUGACUCCAAAUUUCUUUGGCAAUCGAAGGAGUAGCAUAUUCGAUCCUUGCUUUCUUGACCUUCGGGAUCCUUUAAAGGAUUUCCCUUUCUCUUCUUCUUCUUCACUCACCACACACACCCCUGAAACCUCUGCUUUUGUCAACACCCGUAUCGACUGGAAGGAAACCCCGGAAGCUCACGCAUUCAAGGCUGACUUUCCAGGGCUCAAGACAGAAGAAGUCAAAGUUGAGAUUGAAGAUGACAGGGUGCUCCAAAUCAACGGAGAAAGGAAUGUUGAGAAGGAAGACAAGAACGAUACCUGGCACCGGGUUGAGCGUAGCAGUGGCAAGUUCAUGAGGAGGUUCAGGUUGCCGGAGAAUGUGAAGAUGGAUCAGGUUAAGGCUUCCAUGGAAAAUGGGGUUCUUACUAUUACUGUUCCUAAAGAGGAACUGAAGAAACCUGACGUCAAAGCCAUUGAGAUUUCUGGUUAAAAUCUUAAAAACUUUGAUGUGCUUUUUCUUUGGGUGCAAUUAUGUACUUUUGUUUACACCUAUUAACACUGUAACCUAAUGUUCUUUAUUUUAAUGUAACUGUGCCUUCGUUUUCUCUUCUUCAAUACUCUUUUCAGUUCUGUUUCA